GAAAUUUGGCAUUGUCUCGUGCUCUUGGUGACUUUGAAUUUAAGCAAAAUCCAAAAUUAAAAGCCGAUGAACAAAUCGUAACAGCAUAUCCUGAUGUUAAAAGAGUAGAAAUUAUACCUGAUUCUACAGAGUUUUUAGUCCUAGCCUUUAUUCGUAAAAAUCUUUCCGAACAUAAAGACCUCAGAAAAGCUUGUGAAGAUUUGAUGGAACGCUGUUUAGCUAAAGAUAGUGAACUUGGUGGUAUUGGUUGUGAUAAUAUGACCGUAAUCGUUGUCGGAUUUCUCCAUAAAAGAUCUGAAAAGGACUGGUAUGAAUGGAUGGCAAAAAGAUAUGGUGAAAAAGGCCCUGAAUAUCCACAAGAUGAUGCCAGACCACCAAAGGAAGAACAUAGUUUAAACGGUGGUGACAAUAUUGAUGAAGAUAUGGGUCUUACACCAGAACCAAAUGAAGAACUUACACUUGACAAUACUAGAGUCGAUAGUAAUGAGAGUAUUAAGAGUACUGAUUCAAAUCGAAGUGAUAGCGUUGAUAGUAUCUCUAGUGAUUCAAGCAGUAACCCUGGUACUCCUAGUAUUGAGGGUUAUCGUUCUCCUCCACCAAAUACAGCGCAACCUAGAGGUCCUGAUACAGCAUCGCGAUCGAAACCUCCUACUUCAUCAUGA